AUGCAAGCACUUGUAUACAAAGGUGAAGGUCAACUCGCCCUGGAAGACCACCCAGUCCCACAACUCCAGGAGCCAACUGAUGCUAUCGUGAAAGUCGUCUACACCACGAUCUGUGGAACAGACCUGCACAUCAUGCAUGGCGACGUUCCAACCGUUACGCCAGGCAGGAUCUUGGGGCAUGAAGGGGUUGGCAUUGUACAAGAACCCGGCGCAGCGGUAUCUCGCUUUAAGAAGGGCGACCACGUACUCAUCAACUGCAUCACCAGCUGCGCGACCUGCGAGUACUGUCGCCGCGGAAUGUACAGCCACUGCACUCAGGGAGGGUGGAUUUUAGGUAACACCCUCGACGGCACACAGGCCGAGUAUGUGCGCAUCCCACAGGCAGACAGCAGUCUGCACCAUGUUCCCCAGGGUGUCGACGAAAAGGCUCUGGUCAUGUUCUCCGACAUAUUCCCUACGGGUCUCGAGUGCGGAGUCCUGAACAGUAAAGUCCAGCCAGGCAGCAGUGUCGCCAUCGUGGGCGCGGGACCUGUCGGCCUUGCAGCACUGAUGACGAGCAAGCUGUAUUCACCCAGCACGAUCAUCGUGAUCGAUCGGGACCCCAAGCGUUUGGAAAUCGCGAAGAAGCUUGGAGCCAAUCACAUUAUCAACAGCGGAGAGACCUCAGCUGAAGAAGCGGUGAUGAAGCUCACGAAUAAAGUUGGGUGUGAUGCCGUUAUUGAGGCUGUUGGCGUGGCGGCCACGCUGGAGAUGGCGCAGGAUCUGGUCGCGCCGGGCGGGACGAUUGCGAACGUCGGCGUGCAUGGGACGAGCUGCACUUUGAAGAUUGAGAAGUUGUGGGAUCGCAAUAUGUCCUUGACCACGAGGCUGGUUGAUACGGUCACCACGCCGAUGUUACUGAAGCUGUUCGCGGCCGGAGGUAUAGAGCCUGGGAAGUUGAUCACGCAUGAGCUGCCGUUCAAGGAGAUGGAGAAGGCGUACAGCACAUUCAAGGCGGCGGCUGAGCAUGAGGCUCUGAAGAUGCUGAUCACAAUUUGA